AUGCAAUAUCCAGGGCCAAAGCCAUUUUCAUUCUCUGCUAGAAAUGCUGGAGAGGUUCCAAAAGUUUAAUCCUAUUUAAUGACAAUAUUUAGUGGAACAGAAUCAAUGAUUUCCGAAUAUGAGAUUGCUGCUAAUGCUUAUAAUGAAGUCUUUAAAAAUAUUAACAGAAGAGAAGAGUUUUAAAUGGCUGAUGAUGGUGUGCAUAGCUUGCUUCCAUUCAAAAAAGCAAGUAGAGGUAGUAUUACAAAUACAUUUUAACAUGUUCUCAAUAAAUUGCUCAACAAUAAAAAUUAAUAUGGAAAAAAUAUUACUAUAAUGUUUAUUAUUGAUCGAUAAGAAGAAUUUGAUGUUUCAAAACUUAUGGAAUUAAUACAAAAAGUUAAGAAAGAGUUUAGGAUACAAUUCUUAUGCAUUGCAAUAGGAUAUACAUUUCCCACACAGAUUUGUAAUAAAUUAUGGAGUGAAUUACAUAACAUUGAUGAAUAGCAAUUUCAAAUUCCUUGUUUGAUCAAAAGACCCUCUGACUGCAAAACAUUAGAAUUAUUAUUUAUAAAAGGAUUUCAAGAGAUUAGAGAUAGAUACCUCAGUUUUCAAUGA